GAACAAGUGUGUGACUGAAUACCAAAAGGCUAAUGUUCUAUUUCUGUUGUUACACGUGAGAUUUAACUGUUCAUGAUACAUUUGAUGGCAGCGAUGUGACGUCAUGCACGCUUCGGCUUCCGUAAGACUCCACCGAAGAAGAAAAGGCGGAAGUUAGACACGGAAGUGGAGACGAGCUGAGACAGCACCUUCUUGACAGACUGCAAUCGAGUGAAAAUCACCAAAAUGUUGAAAGAGUUGGUGAAGGAGCGACUGAUGGUGGCGGUUGAUGAAAUAUUGGCGCUGUUUGAAAGAACGAUAGCGUCCUACGAGGAGGAACUUUCCCGAACAAGAGAGGAGAAGGAGCGACAUCGACAACAACUGGAAGCUGUUAGCAAGACUGGCGUUGUGUUCCACAUGGAAGACGUCCAGGGGAGCUCCACUUUGAAGCAGGAGUAUCUUCAGCCCCCCCACGUUAAAGAGGAAGAGGAGGAAGGAGAGACAGAGUGUCUUCACGGGUCGGAGGAGGUGGAUCUCACCGAGUUUCCUCUGACCGUUGUCUCUCUGAAGACAGACGGCGAUGGAGAAGCAGGCCAGCUCUUAGCUCCGCUGUCAGACAGCGAGCAGGCGACGUCACGCUCUCCUGAGGAUGGAGAAGCUGUGAGCAGCGAUACAGACGGUGAAGGUGUCGUGAGGACUCGCACCGACAACAAACACUCUACAAAGAAGACGGGUAAAAAACGUGUGACCUGCUCGCUUUGUGCAAAAAGCUUUUCUAAUUCAGGUCAUUUGACUCGACACAUGCUGACUCACACGGGAGAAAAACCAUUUAGUUGUCCCGUUUGCGGCAAAAGAUUCACUCAAAAGGUAAACAUGGCGUCACACAUGAGAACGCACACGGGAGAAAAACCUUUUAGAUGCUCACUUUGUGGUAAAAUUUAUUCGUAUAAGCAAACUUUGGCUGUACACAUGCGCACACACAACACACAACAUUCCGUCAUGGAAGCACAAUAUCACACGUGACAAAUGAUCACAUGACUGUAUGAUGCCAGCGAUGAUAUGACGUGCGAUACCACGUUCCGCAACUUUCCCAGAAAGUGACCAUGUGAUGAGUGUGAGAUACCAGUGAUGAGUGCGAUACCACGUUCCACAACUUACAUAGAAAGUUCUAUGAGUGCAAUACCAAUUUCCACAAGUUCCCCGGAAAGUGGCGAUGUGGUGAGUGUGCGAUAUCAGUGAUGCUAUGAUGAGUGAAUGAUACCACGUUCCACACCUUACCCAGAAAGUGGCCAUGUGAUGAGUGUGUGAUACCACGUUCCACAAGUUACCCAGAAAGUGAUAUGAGUGUGAUACCACGUUCCCCAACUAACAUAGAAAGUGAUAUGAGGGCAAUACCACGUUCCACAAUUUUCCCAGAAAGAGACCGUGUGAUGAGUGUGAUGACACGCUCCACAUCUUAUUCAGAAAGUGAUAUGAGUGUGAUACCACGUUCCACAACUUACCCAGAAAGUGAUAUGCAUGUGAUACCACGUUUACAACUUACAUAGAAAGUGAUAUGAGUGUGAUACCACGUUCCACAACUUACCCAGAAAGUGAUAUGAGUGUGAUACCUCGUUUACAACUUAAAUAGAAAGUGCUAUGAGUGCGAUACCAUGUUCCUCACAUUCCCCGGAAAGUGACGAUGUGGUGAGUGUGCAAUACCAGUGAUGCUAUGAUGAGUGUAUGAUACCACGUUCCACAUGUUCCCCGGAAUGUGAUGUGUUUUUUGGGGGGUUUUUUUUCAAAUGUAAGAUGAGGACAGUACAUAUGAUGAACCUAUACAUGAUAUGUAAAGACGUCAGAUUCUAGCCAAAGGUAAAUUUCCAUCUGUUUUCCCUGAACAGGUUGAUGUUAAACACAAUCAGACAGUAAAAAACACUGUAAACAUAAUAAAACAUAUAAUAAAAGACUUGAAACUGAAUGAUUUGCCACAUGACCCUCCCAACACGAGACGCUCACAGCGUACACGUUGCUAGUUGAAAUGAUGGAGACCAAGUGCUGAAGUGCACAAUAAAAUCCAGUGGCCGUUGUGGUGGGCAGGACUCUUGUGAUGAUCACACACCUGCUUGCGCAUGAGCCACUCCUUUAGGUGAUGUCUGAAGGCAGCAAAGCUGGAGGAGUCUCCUAAGCUCACUGGCAGAGUGUUCCCAAAGUUGCUGCCUUUGAAGGAGAGGACAUUUUGUCCAAAACGACUUUUUUCAGUGGUAGGUCACAAUCAUAUGGCCCUCGUGGCCCUGGGAGAGAGAGGACCUGUUUUUGAUGAAGGAGGAGCCAAAUCAAGCCGUUUCUAAAGUUCACACGAUUUUCAAAGCCAAGUCGUUUGCAUUUAGACAAGAUGUUAUAUUGAUGGUAAGAUGUGAUUUUUGGCACUCAAGAAGGUCAUUGAAAUGCAACCAAAACAGUAUGGGCCCCAGGAUGGAUCCUUGAGGGACCCCUACAUCACAGUUCAUAAGGGGUGAUGGCACCCCAUUAGUCACAGUUUCCUGUUAGUCCAAUGAGAUUCAGUCCAAUAAUUAACAGCUUCACUUGAAACAUUUAAAUGUGAUAAAAGAACCUUGUGAUUCAAAGAGUCAAAAGCUUUUCGCAGAUCCAAAAAUACAGCAGCAAGACCGCUUUUUUUUUCUUUUACUUUUUCCACCAACAAAGUUCUGCAGACUCUGUUGAAUAGUUUGCUGGAAAGCCAAAUUGCAUGCGAUGCAAGCAUGUUUGUCCCGAGCCAAGAUGUUGGAUCAUCUGCUAAGCACCCCAUUUUUCAAGCACUUACUAACUGGCCUGUAAUUACUCAAACCACUUCUGUUCCUCGACUGGAAUGCUGGAGUACCUAGCGAUAUUCCAAACAUUUGCAUGUUGAUUGAAAUGAAUUGAGUUAACUUGGUAACUGGCUGUGCCACCGCUUCCUUGUAAGUUCAUAAAGAACAAACAUCAAGUUCAUAGUAGUCCUUAGCAGUGGAAUUCUUCAUCCUGUUAAUAAUGUUUCAUUCUCAUGAUCUGUCCCCGCUUUACUAAAAGGGCUACGAGAGUCAAAACUCUUCCACUGAUGGUGACCACAUGAAGUGUGUGAUACCACCUUCCACAGGUUAACCAGAAAGUGUUGACUUGUCCAUCCAUUUGUCUUUUGUAAUGAUUUUUGCAUCAUUUUCUGCAUGUAAAAGUACAAUUACUGUCUGUAAAACAUGUUUUGUGUUAACACUUUCGUGCGUCUGGAAGGGAUGAAUUGGAUUGACAUGAUUUCCGACGGGAACAUUUGCUUUGGUUUGAGUAGGAACUUCUGGAACGGAUUCAUGAUGCUAACCAAGGCACCGGUGGGUCUGAUUUGCUACAAGAACAAGCUAUGAUUUGUUGCGACCACUUGCUUUUGGCUAGAGGCCUCCUGUCACCAAACACAAGUUUCUCCAAUUCAUCAACGGCUUCUGAUUAAUCCAGAAUAUGGGCUUGCACCUGAUGAAGUUUGUAUGACUACGCUUCUACCCUGGCCUUCAGCACCGUCUUCCCCUCUGAUCAGAAUAAAUAUGAUUUAAAAAAAAAAAAAAAUGUGUCGUUGAGUAGUUUCUUUCCCCUCCCCACCUGGUGCUCAUGGCUAAUGCAGUGCUAAUUCCUAACUGAUGCUAUAAGCUAGGUGGUUGUAGCUAUCACUGCCAGUAAAACAUAUCAAACUCCUCACAGCACAAUAUUAGUCAAUGUUAUUGUUGUUUUCACUGUCUUGGCGUGCCUUCGGGGCUGCGCUUGUUUGCACCUGGUUGCCGUGUUCCACACCUGAAUUGUUAGCAAAACAUGGCUUGCUGUCACACGUCCAUCCAUCUUCGACCGCUUAUGAGGUCGAAUCGCGGGGACAGCAGCCUAAGCAGGGAAGACCAGACUUCUUUCACCCAGGCCACUUCGUCCAGCUCCUCCCGGCAGGUCCCCAGGCCAGUUCAGAGACAUAGUCUCUCCAACGGGUCCUGGGUCUUCCCGGAGGCGUUCUAACAGUCGGACGUGCCACCCUACGGAGAAAACUAAUUUCGGCCGCUUGUAUCCGCCAUCUUAGCCUUUGGGUCACUACCCAAAGCUCAUGACCAUAGGCAAGGGUAGGAACAUAGAUGGACCGGUAAAUUGAGAGCUUUGCCUUUUGGCUCAGCUCCCUCUUUACCACAACAGACUGAUGCAGAAUCCGCAUCACUGCAGAUGCCGCACCGAUCCGCCUGUCCAUCUCGCAUUCCAUCCUUCCCUCACUCGUGAACAAGACCCUGAAGUGCUUCAACUCCUCCACUUGGGGCAGGAGCUCAUGCCUGACCCGCAGAUGGCACUCCACCCUUUUUGGAUUCGGAUUUGGAGAUGCUGAUUCUCAUCCCGGCCGCUUCACACUUGACUGGGAACCGAUCCAGUGAGAGUUGAAGGUCACGGCUUGAUGGAGCCAGCAGGACCACAUCAUCUGCAAAAAGCAAAGACCCAAUCCUGCAGCCACAAAACCAGAACCUCUCAACGCCCUGGGCGUCCUGAACAGAAUCGGUGAUUAAGGGCAGCCCUGGAGGAGUCCAACCCUCACUGGAAACAGGGCUGACUUAUUGCCGGUAAUGCAAACCAAACUGUGACACCGGCUGAAUUAGAUGGUCCGGUUCCCACAUAUUCCCUGAGUACUCCCCACAGAAUUCCUGGAGGAACAUGGUGGAAUGCCUUCUCCAAGUCCUCAAAUCACAUGUAGACUGGUUGGCCAAACUCCCAUGCAUCGUCAAGGACCCUGACUACAGUUUAGAGCCGGUCCACAGUUCCACGACCAUGACCGAAACCACACUGCUCCUUCUGAAUCCCAGAUUCAACUAUCCGGCAAAUCCUCCUCUCCAGAAACCCUGAAUAGACCUUACUAAGAAGGCUGAGGAGAUAGGAGAGCCCACUGUGGAGUCCCCAGUCCCACAUUGAAAGACAUGUCGGUGGGAUCGAGGAGAUCUUGAAAGUAUUCCUCCCACCGAUCCACAACAUCUUGAGUCGAGGUCAGCAGCACACAAUCCCCACCGUACACGAUGUUGACUGUGCACUGCUUCCCCCUCCUGAGACAACAGAUGGUUGUGCAGAAUCUCUUCGA